UUUCAGUGAAUCUGAAAGAAAAGUACCUUCCACUUUUUUACAUGAACAACAAAGCAGAAAAGGGAUGAAGUAAAGGAAGAGACAAUAUUGUUACUCAGAAAUGUAUGUAGAAUUGCUCUCCUGUCAUGUAUAUAAGAAGGAGCUCAGGCGUUAUUCUGGACACAUCUGAUCUGAGAUCUUCCAGCUCUACAAGACUCUUUCUGUCGUUGUGAACAAACAUCUUGAAGAAUGAGAAGCCUGAUGUUUCUGAUGGUCCUGGUUCUCGUCUGCUCUGUGCCGAUGACUUCAAGUGCUCCCCUCGCAUUAAAUGUAGCAAAAUGCUGUAUGAAGUUCAAUAAUGUGAAGAUUCCUGUGAAACAGGUGAAGUCUUACUACUGGACCAGCAGCGAAUGUCCAAAACCAGCCAUUGUGUUUCAGACAUUUAAAGGUAAAGAGUUCUGUAUAGAUCCAGAGACCACCUGGGUGAACCACCAUGUUGAUAAUGUGGACAAGAGAACUCCUGCUGCAACAACAACAACAACAACACCAAUAACAACAACUGCUGCAACAUCUUCUGCUGCAUCAACUGCUACACAGCAAAGACUUGCAACCCAACAGUCUAAAACAAGCUACACUGUUUCUUCUUGAACUUUACAUUGUAAACAUAAUGGUAUAUCUGACUAUUUCUGAUGUGUAUAUGAAAAUACUUUUUUAAUAAACUAUAAAUUA